GGCGGUGCAUUCCGAGACUCCAUCGAGUUUUCAUGGCGAAUCUUUACAUUCCGUACUUUCAGUUUCGUUGACCAGAAUGCUCCUUGGCCGCCAUCCUUGGCGCCAGAAUCUUGCAAUUCCCGCCAUAAAAGCCACAACUUUCCGACUCCAAAGCCUGCCGCACUCAAACCCUUCAGUCCACUUCGCCGUCAGAAACAGCGAACCUCGCUCUUUCACCACCGAAGAGAUGGGCAAGCCCAAACAGUACUGGCUCCUGAAAACCGAGCCGGGCGAGUGGUCCUGGGACGAGCAGGCGGCCUCUGACGGCGGCGUCGCCAAGUGGGACGGCGUCAAGAACAAGCAGGCCCAGAAGAACCUCAAGUCCAUGCGCCUCCGCGACCUCUGCCUCUUCUACCACUCCGGGGCCAAGGCCCGCCGCGUCGUCGGCGUCGUCGAGGUGGCGCGCCAGUGGUACGACGACGGGGACGGCGGCGACGGGGCGGUGGACGUGAGGGCGGUGGGGGAGAUGAGGAGGCACGUGGAGCUGGCGGAGCUUAAGGGGGACGGCGCGCUCAAGGGGUUCGCCCUGCUGAGGCAGCCGAGGCUGUCGGUGGUGCCGGUGGCGGCGGAUGUCUGGGAUAGGAUCUGCGAGCUGGGCGGUGGGUACGAAGGGGAUGGCAAAGAUGCGGACGACGGCGAUGGUGAGGGCUGAGGAGUGAGGGCAAGUGUUGCCUUGUAGGUGUUUGCGGAAAUGUGGCAGUGGGAAGUGGUUUUUGAGGUUGUGGUGGGAUAUGUCCCCUUUUUUUGUUGAUUGUAAAUAUCAGGGGAUGUUUAGUUGUGAAAGUCGUCGUCCCCUUCCUUUUGGUAAUCCUGUAAAUCGUCGCUCGAUAUGCAGCAGACUUCCAUGGAGAAGAUGAAAUGCUGUCUGCCUUCGUUAAGAAUUCCUCCCUGUUGUCCUUUGUUUUGAA